CUGUUCCCAUCGGAGCCCGCGCUGCACCUCCGCUCCCUCCCGGAGCCUCCGUUCGCCGCCGACACCUCACCAUGAUUCGCUCCGCGCUCCUGCUGUCGGCGCUGGCCGCCGCCGCCUCUGCCGUCACCUGUCCGCCCGACUGGACGCAGGUCGGCUACAACUGCUACUACCUCUCCACCUACACGGACACGUGGCGCAACAGCGAGACCACGUGCCAGACGCUGGGCGGCCACCUGAUGUCCGUCUCCAGCCCGGCCGAGCAGGACGUCAUCACCAACUACUUGCGCGCCUCUGACGCCUGGAUCGGGCUCAACGACCUCGAGGAUGACGGCCACUACGUGUGGACCGACGGCACGCCCUACCAGUACGUCCACUGGGCCCCCGGCCAGCCCAACGAUCUGCUUGACCAGGACUGCGUCAGCGUGCUGGAGGACGGCUCGGGACAGUGGGACGACAACCACUGCAAGUACACCAAGCUGUUCAUCUGCAAGAAGAUGGCCUCCUAGAUGAAAUACUGAGGGAGUUCAGAAAGGUUGUAUCUCUUAUCCAUGGGGUGAGAGGGAGGGAAGGCCGGCAUACGUAGUAUGCUGUAUCUGAUGUAUUGUCGAAAUAUAAUGACAAUUUGUCGUAAGUGUUAAUGAUUUUACCACGUGCUCCUCGAUAAAUGCAACUGCACGAAGCGCG